UCCAUAUUUGCUCACAGCAGCUCUCCCGUGGCUUUAUAGUGCAGCUAAAAGACGACAAGAAAGUUAUUUUGCUCUCCUGGGGUGUUCUCGCCUCUCAUCGUGCGCUUUCUGCGUUGGGAACCCUUCCCUUUUCUCCUCCCUGCCUGCCACGAGGCAAUUUGGGGUUAUCACCGGGGUGCAGCACCCCCAGCCAUGCUCUCCCGGAUCAGGGCGGCCGCCGUUCCCUGCUCGCUGGCGCGCCGCGGGGCGCACACGAAAGAAAAAGGCAAACCCUUGAUGUUAAACCCCCGGACAAACAAGGGGAUGGCCUUUACGUUGCACGAACGGCAGAUGCUCGGCUUGCAAGGGCUUCUUCCUCCCAAAAUAGAGACCCAAGACAUUCAAGCCUUACGCUUCCACAAGAAUUUGGCCAAAAUGACGGACCCCUUGGAGAAGUAUAUCUACAUAAUGGGAAUCCAGGAGAGGAACGAGAAGUUAUUCUACAGGGUUUUACAAGACGACAUCGAGCGGUUAAUGCCCAUUGUGUAUACACCAACAGUGGGCCUCGCCUGUUCCCAGUACGGACACAUCUUCAGGAGACCAAAAGGAUUAUUUAUUUCUAUCUCAGACAGAGGUCACAUCAGGUCCAUUGUGAAUAACUGGCCAGAGAACGACGUCAAGGCUGUUGUUGUCACUGAUGGAGAAAGGAUCUUGGGUCUCGGAGACCUCGGGGUGUACGGGAUGGGAAUUCCCGUGGGGAAACUCUGCUUGUAUACGGCCUGUGCAGGAAUCCAUCCAGAUAAAUGCCUGCCUGUGUGCAUCGACGUUGGAACUGACAACACAACCCUCUUAAAAGAUCCGUUUUACAUGGGCCUGUACCAAAAAAGGGAUCGCUCGCAGGUCUACGACGACCUAAUCGAUGAGUUUAUGGAGGCCAUCACAGACAGGUAUGGCCAGAACACCCUCAUCCAAUUCGAAGACUUCGGAAACCACAACGCUUUUCGGUUUUUGAGAAAAUACAGAGAGAAAUACUGCACCUUCAACGAUGACAUCCAAGGGACGGCUUCGGUGGCCUUGGCGGGACUGCUGGCAGCACAGAAAGCCACGGGCAAGCCGAUUUCAGAGCAGAAAGUGCUGUUCCUGGGAGCAGGAGAGGCUGCCCUGGGAAUCGCGAACCUCAUCGUCAUGGCCAUGAUGGAAACUGGUGUUUCAGCAGAGGAAGCCUACAAGAGAAUAUGGAUGUUUGACAAAUACGGAUUGCUGGUUCAGGGCCGAGAACAAAAGGUGGAUUCCAACCAGGAACCAUUUACCCACCCGGCUCCGGAGCAGAUCCCAAAGACGUUCGUCGAGGCGGUGAACGUGCUGCGACCUUCCGCUAUCAUCGGAGUCGCGGGAGCCGGGCGCCUCUUCUCUCCCGACGUGAUCAAGGCCAUGGGCUCCAUCAACGAGCGGCCCAUCAUAUUUGCCCUGAGCAACCCCACGGUGAAGGCCGAGUGCACGGCCGAGGAAGCGUAUACGUUAACAGAGGGACGCUGCUUGUUCGCCAGCGGCAGCCCCUUCGACCUGGUGACCCUGGAAGACGGAAGAACCUUCAAACCGGGCCAAGGAAACAACGCUUACAUUUUUCCAGGCGUGGCUCUCGCUGUCAUCCUCAGCAGCGUUCGACAUAUUAGUGAUAAGGUUUUCCUGGAGGCCGCCAAGGCGCUGACGGAGCAGCUGACUGACGAGGAGCUCGCCCAGGGAAGACUUUACCCUCCGCUGUCCAAUAUCAGGGAAGUUUCUAUUUACAUCGCCGUCAAGGUGAUGGAGUUUUUGUACGCCAACAACAUGGCUUUCCAUUACCCCGAGCCUGCGGACAAGAACCGGUACAUUCGAUCCAAAGUCUGGACCUACGAAUACGAAUCCUUCAUGCCAGACGUGUACGACUGGCCGGAGUCUAAGGUUCACUGAUGGACCAGAAGCUCUCACUCCUCAGGCAGUACCUUCUACUCUGCAGGGAUCCCUUUUUUCAGACCAAUUGAAAUCAUGCCCGUUGAGUCCUGUAAUUUAUUUUCACUUCUUUUGGUGGCUCUUUUGCCCUUCUCCCUUGACGUAGGUCGCUCCCCGCUCCCCCAAGCGUCCGGUGAACUGUCCGGAUGACGGCACCCAUCGAGAGAGAUGAAUUCGGGAAAGGACAUCGCGUUUCUACCUUCGAGCCCUCCCCACGCUAAAUAAUUUGAUUAACGAUGUUGUAGCUGCAUGUGCGUGCUGCUCUCUCGUCGCUGCUGAUUUCCACAACCACUUAUUUCUGCUUUCCGUAAUCAGUCUUCUAAUUGCCGUGUCACGCAGCGUUCUUUGUGGCAACAGCAGAGAGAAUUCGUUCAGGAACAAAAGAAGGGGGCGGCUUAAGAGAAAUUGAAGUCUGGUGGGCUUUCUGUGUUGUCUGCUACUCUCUGUACCUCUUCGGACAUGAUCUCUGUCGUUUCCUGCCUAGCCUCCGAUCUUAAAACAACGAGAAAAAGCCUUCCAAAAGCUUCCUAGGUGAGGAAAGAAGACUGAUUAUCGAAAUGCAGAAAACGGUGAUGGGGGGGGAACGUUUUGCACGUUCAAACUGUGGUAAAAUGCUGUCCGGCGGGGCUCUGAGCACCCCAUCACCACGUAACGUGGUUUGCAACUUGUCCAUGUGAGUAUACGCGAAAAAGACCAACACGUACACGUGAUGUUUUUACAAAGAAUGCUUUUUUUUUCAUCUAUUUUUGCUAUGCCUGUUUUUAGCGUAUUUAAAUUUGUGAUCUUACCGAGAGAAAAAAAAAAAAGGAAUUUAUUUAUUUAGAGGACGAUUGUUUUUACCUUCUGAAAGCGCAGCUCUGCGCGGCGGCGGGGUUCUGUCUCCGUGAAUCGAAAGAUGUUGGCAACGCACACUUCCUCACCUCUUCUGACGAUGUCCUCGUUAGGCAGAAGAGUGAUAAAAGGAUCCUACGCACUGAUCUCGCAUCCUGGCUGAGCCCGAUGGCAAAGGCAGGGCCCUCAGUCCGUGAUUCGAACGUGGCUUUACAAAAUAAAAAAGUUCUGCAGCCGUCUCUUCGCUCUGAUGGUUUUUUUCAGGCCAGGAGUUCAUCCUCAGUGGGCUUUUGACCCUCGUUAGGAAAACAGGAGUCGUCUCUAAUCUGCAGUAUUCUGCAGAAUUCUGCCUUUAAAGUGCAGCCCUUCCUUUUUCCAUCAGCAGCUGGAAACGUCAGCUCACACAUCUGUAACUGCUUGUCACUCCUCCCUUUCAUCUUAGUUUUAUUUUUUUUAAAUAAAAGAUACAGAUUCAAUCUCAGCUUUGUCAAUUCCUCAGCCGUAAUUAAGCUUUGAAUUAAUUACUACUUCUCAGCUUGCCGCUCAGGAAGGAACGCUGCAGUAGGAGGACCCGCUGCCGUUUUGGGGUUCUUUAAGACGACACCGUUACCAACCCUACUGUCCCCUUUCCUAACAGAUGUUUGUAACAGGCAGGGACUGCUGUUACAUUGAAUACUGGAGCAAGGAGAAAAUCUAGAGCAAAGCUCUCAUUACAGCCACUUGACAGCUGAAGUUGAGUAACGCAAUGCCUCUGGUGAAGGGACGUCUAAUUCCGUUUGCAGCUACCUUGACCUGAAACACAUCUUACCCUGGCAGCAAAAAGCCCCUUCUGGGUGAACUGUGAGGCAAAUCCAGCACCAGACUUCUCCACCCUUUAAAUAUUUCCUUUCUGAAACAAAAACACGAAUCGUUUUAGGACCGCACAGCGAUAAGAUUGACUUUUUUUGAGAAAAUAAAUAAAACAGCAAAAUUAUUUCUACCUUAGGCACAUCUACCUUACACUGCGACUCCGUGCUGCAGUGCUUGUGAGAUCCUAGCCUGAUCUGUCCAGGGUUGGCUUUACUUUUGGAGGGUUAUUGCUUAGUUGAAACUAAAAUUGUAUUUAAAUGUGACCUGUUUAUUUUUUUUUCCUCCUUUCUACGCUGUAAUUCUACUGAAAUGUGUGUUCUGCUCUUCUAUUUUCUUAGUAAAAUGCAUUCCCUUUUGCCUAAA